AUGGAGUUUCCUGUAAUUAUACCCGAUUGCAAUUCUGAUGGUGUAAAUGAAAUGGCUUUUGUGCACCAUGAAAAUAAUAUGCCUACAUUAGAUAUUUUAUCUGGAAAAAGUGGAAACAAAUUAAUGAGCAGUAUUAGUAAUGAUAAUUGUACUAAAAUGACUGAUCUUAUUUUAAAAUAUGAUAUGUCUUUAGUCUAUUUUUGUCGUAAAAAUACUGUUGUAGACCCUCUAGAAUCAAUUCCAAUUAAAACAAUGUUAAAUUGUUCUGGUGAUUGGAUACCAGAUUCUGUUCACCAAACCAAACGAGAACAUGAUCAAAUUGAAGAAAAUCAAUAUUUUCUAACACUUGGGCCUUAUUAUCUUAAGAUCAAUAACAGCUAUUACAAUUGUCCAACUGAUUGUAUGGCAGUUGUGUAUGUCACAAAUAGUUCUAAAGAAACAGUUUGGUCUAAAAAAAUUGAUCGUUCUUAUGUAAUGAAGCCAGUGACAUUUGAACUCCGUAAUAAUAUAUCAGGAUUUGUUAUCAAAAUUUGGUCUUGGGAUAAUGAAACAAUUGAGAAUGAUAUUAAGUUCACUAACAUUGAAAAGGUUGAAUAUAUUCAAGAACAAAUUAUAGUUAUUACAUAUAAUUCAUCCAGACCUGAAGAUUUCUACAUUAAAAACAUAAGUUCGAAGAGAAUUUUACAAGUAUGUGAAAAUGUGUCCAACUGUCAGCCAAAACUAGAAUAUCAAAAAUAUUCAUUAAAUGUGAUGGAUAUAGACAACGAUGGUUACAGAGAAUUAGUUUCUGUAUCGGUAACAUAUCAAUUUAUCAAUGGACUUGGUCAGUUCUACAUGAAUGAUAAACACUCACUUCAGCUUAUAUCAAAAAAAGAAAUAUUACUUGAGGCGAAAACAUCAGCAAACUUAACUACAGGCACUGCAGAAAAACUAGGUGAAGUGUUGUUGUUAGUACCAACAACGAACUUGGGUGGCACCGCUGAACCAGCAGGUUUAGAGGCCAGCGAUGGGAAAGAGGGUUUCUUAAACACUAAGUCAACUAAACGAGUAGAUGCAGUACUAGGAACAAUGCCUGCAUUGGUACCAGCUGAAGCCAGUUGA